CCCAGCCCUGCCAGCCCGGGUUGGAGCUUCAUCCUACCGCGCCGCCUGCCUGUCCGCGGGGCCGAGGCUGCCAUAGCGCCCAGCGCCCUGGCGCGGUACGGGGGUGGGUAGCUCUAUACGGAGUAGUGCAUUUUACGCCAUCAAAGCCCUCCCUCCGGCUGCAGCAGCCUCAACCAAGGCCACACGAUAUACUGACACUGCACCACUCCCAUGAUCUCGCUUGUAGGCAAGACCGUCCUCGUCACCGGCGGAAGCAGGGGCAUCGGCCUGGCCAUAGCCCACCGCCUGGCCGACGAGGGCGCCUCAUGCCUGCUGGUAGCCCGCAACGCCGACGCCCUCAACACCGCGUGCUCCGACCUGCCACCGCCCUAUUCCAAAGGCGCAGCGGAACCCCGGCCCCACGCCUUUUUCGCGGGUGAGGCUGGCGAGCCAGCAACCUGGGACUCCAUAGGCCGUCAGCUCUCCGCCGAGGGGGCUGAGGUGGACGUCCUCGUCAACGCGGCUGGCGUCUCGCAGAACUCGCUGCUCGCCCGCACCAGCCCCCACGACAUUGCCGCCAUCCUCGACACCAACCUGCGCGCUGCCGUGCUCGCCUCCAGGCUUGUCAGCAGGCAGAUGAUGCGCAGGGCCGCCGACGCCCGCCGCGACUGCAGCAUCAUCAACGUCUCGAGCGUCAUGGCCUUCAGGGGCGGCACCGGCGCCUCCGUCUAUGCCGCGAGCAAGGCCGGUCUCCUCGGCCUCACGUCCGCCCUCUCCCAGGAGCUGGGCCGUUUCCAAAUCAGGGUCAACGCCCUCGUCCCAGGUUACAUUCAGACUCAGAUGAUUGACAACCUCAAUGAAACCAAGCUCAGCAGCCAGAUCCCACUCGGGAGGAUAGGCACGACCGAUGAGGUCGCAGACGCCGCUUUUUUCUUGGCCACCAAUUCGUAUGCCAACAACUGCAUCCUCAACAUCGAUGGUGGGUUGGGUGCGGCCGAUCAGGGUCUCGUAAGUCGUGGAAGCCCCUGAGCCAUGCUUCUUGUCAGCAUCGAGCGUGCUGUCCAGCUCCUCAAGGGGCGCGUCGCAGAGAGGCAGCAUUCAGUCGUCGUCGAUCAUGAUGGCACCAUUGCCACUGUCGUCGUCAACAAGAACCGCGUCGCCGCCCUUGGCACUCGAUUCGCCAGUCUUCCUAGCCUUCUUUGGACCGGGUUCUUCCAACUCGUCCUCAUGCUCCCGCUUGUUCUUUCGGCUGCUGUCAUCCGGCUCAUGCUUCCCGUUCGAAGACGGCGCAGCUAUGGACGCAUCUGCAGGCUCCUUCUUUGGCUUUUUGGGUAUCUCAGGCUUGUCGUCUGAGACGGCCUUUACUGGCUUUUCAGGCCGUUCUCCCUUGCUGUGAAUCUGUCAGUCACCCGAACACUGCAUUCCGACACGAGGAACCUACGCUUCUUGGAUGUUGAGAACCAGAUUGACGAAAGGCUCGGCGUCAUCCUCAUCAGUGACAGUCAGGAAUGUGUCGGGUUUGAUUCC